GUUCCUCUUUCUGUUCUGCUUUUCUUCUCGGACGCCAUUUGAACUCCUGAACUCGAUAAAUAAAGAUCUGUUGAUUUCUUGCUGAAGGAGCUGUGAGAAUGGCGGUGGCCAAAAUGAAAAGUAAAAAGCUCUGCAAAACAGUACAGGCUGGUAACCUGAGAAAUUUAAGUCCUGAAGAUCUAGGAAAAGCGAAUGAAGUGAAGGCAGCGGCUCUGGAGAUUCUGCAGGAUGCACUAAACAAAGAGCUGUAUGUAGGAGACCCUCCUAAAUUCUAUCCAUCAUGCACCUUGGACAAAGAUCCAAGGAGAUACUGCGCAGUCCUGACUAAAGAGUUCCUGGAACAGAUGAUUGAGAAGAUGAAGAAGGUGCGUUUUUUGAAGGACCCUGAACCGGAGGAAGAAGGAAUUAUUGCCUACGUUAAACCAGACGACGAGACUUGUACCGUGCACUUGUGUCCUGUUUUCUGGAUGCUCAGUGACCGGCUGUCGAGGGACAGCAAGCCUGGUUCUCUCAUCCACGAGGUCUCACACUUCCUCGGCACUGAGGAUGCUACGUAUGACUUUGUGUGCAUAGAAACCCACGAGAACAUGGGCUGUCUCCUCGGAGCGGCUGUGGCGUACGUGGAGGAUGAAAAAGAAGGAGGCAUGAAAGUUCACAGCAUUUUGGGAGGCUCUAAUACUGAAUUAUUCAGUAAGAAAAACGCAAACAACAUUGAGUAUGAGUUCGAAAUUAUUCUAAACCACCGAGUGCCUUAUUCCACUGAAGAUGAGAAGUACCGGUGCUGUGGUGAAACGAGGAUCAACUCCGUUUGUCCAGAACGUGACAUACAUUAUUACAUACACCGCAAAAAACCCUAUUAACAAGAACAAACAUCGUUGCCAUGUGGUGUAAAGAAGAUCUGUGUGGGUUUGGAGGAUUCUAACAUUCCUGUGGAACACUGCGACUGGGUGGAUUAGAGCCUCUCCCCUCUUGAACUGAACCUAAAUCAAAUUAAAACAAAAGCUUUGUCAUACUGCUGAGUUUUUUAUUCAUUUUUUGUUCAUUCAAUCUACUUCAUCACCAUUUUAUUCUCAUCAUUGUCACGCUGGUCUAAUUCAGUCAAUGAAUUGUUAUUAUGUCCUGAGCUUUGGGUAAUGACCGAAAGAACGAGGUCGCGGAUACAAGCGGCCGAAAUGCUGGGCAUACUCUCCGUGAUCGGGUGAGGAGCUCAGCAAUACGGGAGGAGCUUGGAGUAGACCCGCUGCUCCUUCGUGUGGAGAGGAGCCAGUUGAGGUGGUUCAGCCAUCUGAUAAGGAUGCCUCCUGGACGCCUCCCUUUGGAGGUAUACCAAGGCCCCGGGGUCGACUCAGGACCCGUUGGAGGGAUUACAUCUCCCAGCUGGGACGGGAACGCCUGGGGAACGCCACCAGAGGAGCUGGUAGAAGCGGGAGAGAGGGGAGAGAGACGCCUGGGACUCUUUGCUUGCACUGUUGCCACCGCGACCCUGAAUGGAUAAGCGGAACAGAUGAUGAUGAAUUAUUAUUAUGUCUUUUUGUAAUGAUUGAAUUCACUGAUCAGCCAUAACAUUAAAACCACCUCCUUGUUUCUACA